GAAGAAAUUGAGGUUAAGUUGAUUUGUUCACAGUGUACAUGUAUAUUUAUUAGGCCGUCCGGUUCAACUGCAAAAUGGACCAAAAUCUCCUCGCUCACACACGUUUUGCCGAUAGAGUUCCCGAAAACACGGCCUUCAGUAUACACAAUAUCUUCCUCGUUCGCUGGCGAUCAAAAUCCCCCAAUUUCAGUUUCAGAGAGCAGUGAAACCAUGGGAGGAGGUGAACAUGGAGAAGCCCAUGGUGACUUUAGGGCUAAGGUUUGGAGCAUGAGCGGAGGACCUUAUUGCCGGCCCAAGCAUUGGAAACGCAAUACCGCCAUUGCCAUGGCUGGCAUCGUUCUCGUCUGCAUUCCUGUUGCUAUGAAAUCUGCAGAGCUUGAGCAACGGCCGCACAAUCCUGUUCGGCCAAUUCCCUCACAGCUCUGGUGCAAGAAUUUUGGGAACAAGGAGUACUGAAUCUAUCAUCUGAAAAUUGAGUACAGAAAAUGUGUGCGUUGUUGAUUUUGCAGUUCAAAAGGGGCCUUUUGGAUGUUGUGGUAAUUGCAGAGACUAAUUUUUUCACACUGUGUUAUAUUUUUCCAGUUAACGUCACUCUUGUAAUGGGUUAUUGCCUUCUUCUAAAAAUUGUUAGUGACCAAAAUUAGCUGCUGUUUGUUUUAUCGGGCAUGUUAUCGUACGUGUCUCCAUAAUGAGCAGAAGGAAGAAAUUGUGUGUAGUUUUUGGAUGGUUCAAAUUCAAUAUCUUCAUUUCUCAUUGAUCUCUCUCUAUGACUUAAUGUAGUCGUCGUAAUUUGGAUGGCCAAAACUUCCUCACACUCCCGUCCUUUCCUCUCCUCCUUCCACCCUAAUUUUUCAUCAUCUUCUUCUACUACUUCCGCCUUCCUUUCAUUCACAUUCAUUCAUUCAUUCAUUCAUUCAUUCACAUCCAAAUCCUACAUCUCCACAAUGUAUCUCUCUGAAACCUCCUCCCCCAUUUUCCCCAUUCCCACCACCAUGCGCCGCUCUCAAACCAUGUCCAAGUUCAACCCUUACCACCACCUCAGCAUCUCCCUCAACCCCGACGGCUCCCUCUCCCGCCUCCUCCACCUCCCCGCCUUCUCCUCCCCUGCCCCUGCCGACCCCGUUUCCUUCAAAGACCUCCCCCUCAACCCCUCCUCCUCCACCUCCCUCCGCCUCUUCCGCCCCACCAACAUCCCCGCCAAUGACGGCGUCGUCGCCCGUCUCCCCAUCCUCAUUUACUUUCACCACGGCGGCUGGAUCCUCCACACCGCUUCCGACCUCAUUACUCACCGCAACUGCGCCGACCUUGUCGCUCAAAUCCCCGCCAUUGCCAUCUCUGUCAACUACCGUCUCGCCCCCGAGAGCCGCCUCCCGGCUCAGUAUGACGACGCCGCCGACGCUCUCCUCUGGGUCAAAACCCAAAUGACGGAUCCCCACGGCGACCAAUGGCUCAAGGAUUUUGGCGACUUCUCCCGGUGUUACCUUUACGGCGUCGGCUGCGGCGGCAACAUUGCCUUCUUCGCUGGACUCAAGGCCGUGGCCGCGGCCUCUCAUCUCGACCCUUUGAAGGUCGCCGGAAUCGUCAUGAACCAGCCCAUGUUCGGAGGAGUUCAGAGGACUAAUUCGGAGCUCCGAUUUGCGACCGACCAAUUGUUGCCACUGCCGGUGCUGGAUCUCAUGUGGGAACUCGCGCUGCCCAAGGGGAUGGAUCAGGAUCAUCGCUACUGCAAUCCAAUGGUGGGGGGGCCUCACAAGGAGUUGAUCGGAGAGCUGGGACGGUGCCUGGUGAUCGGGUUCGGCGGAGAUCCAAUGGUUGACCGACAGCAGGAUUUCGUGAAGAUGUUGACCGGAUGUGGAGCCCAGGUGCUGGCAUGGUUUGAUGACAUGGGAUUUCAUAACGUUGACCUCAUUGACCAUCGACGGGCUGCUGCGGUCAUGAGUCUCGUUAAGGAAUUUAUUAUUUGAUUUAUUAAUCCCAAAACAAAAGGAAAAAUAAAUUAA